GCGAGAGCCAAUCCGGAACAGCACACUUCAUCGCUGCAGAGAAGCACGCAGCAGCAGCUCCGAUAUGGCAGCAGAUCAAGCGUUUGUGACCCUGGCUACAAAUGACACCUAUGUGAAAGGAGCGCUGGUGUUGGGGUCGUCUCUACGACAGCACAAUACUGCAAAUAAGCUGGCUGUGCUUAUAACUCCUCAGGUCUCGGACUCCAUGAGAAAAGUACUUGACAAAGUCUAUGAUGAUGUUCGAGUGGUGGACGUCUUGGACAGUGGGGAUUCUGCACACCUGGCUUUAAUGAAACGACCUGAAUUGGGAGUCACACUGACAAAAAUACAUUGCUGGACACUUACAGAAUAUUCCAAAUGUGUAUUCAUGGAUGCAGACACCAUGGUUUUGUGUAAUAUUGAUGAGCUUUUUGAAAGAGAAGAGCUGUCUGCAGCACCGGACCCAGGCUGGCCUGACUGCUUCAACUCGGGAGUGUUUGUUUUUAUACCAUCUUUUGAAACCUACAACAAACUUAUUCAGCUGGCAGCAAAAGAAGGCAGCUUUGAUGGUGGGGACCAGGGAUUGCUAAACACCUUUUUUAAUACUUGGUCGACAAAAGAUAUAAACAAGCAUCUCCCCUUUGUGUACAACCUGAGCAGCGUUUCCUUGUACUCCUACCUCCCAGCAUUCAAAGCAUUUGGUGCCAAUGCAAAGGUGGUGCAUUUUCUGGGGAAAGUCAAGCCGUGGAACUAUACAUACGACAGUAAAACAAAAAGCGUGCGUAGCGAUGUACAUGACCAGACUCUGGUUCACCCAGAAUUCCUGAACCUCUGGUGGGACAUCUACACUACUAGGAUAGUCUGUCUGCUGACCCAAGAGGGAGUGGUUAAAGAAGAAACAACUGCCCUACAAGUGGAGGAGGUAAAAGAAGCAGUUGUACAGAUGUCCAUUUCACACUCCCACUCGCCACCAUCUGUAUCUUCAGAGGAACGCAGGGAAAGAUGGGAGCAGGGCCAGGUUGACUACAUGGGAGAGGACUCGUAUGACAACAUCAAAAAGAAGCUUGACUCCUAUCUCCAAUAGAACUUCUUCUUCUCAUGCAUAAAGAAUGUGUCCAAGAGCUAUUCAUUGUCUAGGACGGCGUUCUAUCUACUGUUUACUUAAAUGCUAGGAGCUUUACGAAGACCCAUUUUUUUUUUUUUUUUUUUUCCCUCCGUCUUUGGGGAGGUUAUAAAAUGGGUAAACUGUUACAAACCCAGUUAAAUGUGCCAUUUCCCCUUUUAGCUGUAGCUAGAGGGUAGAUGUGGCUCUAGAUCAGAUGCGAUUAGUUUUAGAUCUGGUUUAAAACUUGAAUAGCCCCUAAGUGGUAAUUUUUUAACCUCAGCGUACAUUUGGAAUUGUCCACCUGUUUAAGCAAUAGCUAAUGCUCCUUCGCUGUUCCAUGUGAUCCAUCUUGGAUUGUACAGGUUGUGUAAGCAAUGGCAGUUUGCUUCUCCAGGGUACUCCGAAGUUGUCCUUUGUCACAUCUGCAAACUGUUUUUAGCAUGAAUAAGCUAUUUCUGCUCCUAAACUCAAAAGACUCUGGGAGCUGCACCAAGUGCACUGCCGACACACCUUGGAAUGCUUCUUGUUCAGUUCUGUAGCCACAAAGGCUAGUGUAAUGUAUUAACAUGGCACUUCAGAAAUAAACUGAUCCUGAUUCAGUA